AUGAGAGCAACUACUCUUCUUCUCGGCCUUGCGGCCUCCGUCUCCUCCAACAUCGUCUUCACGCAUGUCCCAUUGAGCUGCAAUCUCACCGAUCCCCGCAUAUACAAUGGUUGUUUGCGAGGCCAGGAUUGCAACGUAGCUGGACAAUGUGUUCCUACGGAACGCCGAGAUUCCAUCCACUAUUCUACGUUCCGACCUGAGGCUCAUGAGGUUCAGGUCAGAGAUGGUCCAUACUCCACCGAUGGCAGCUGCGGUCCUGCCCACGGCAAUACGAUCUGUGAUCCAAACAGCAAGGUCUAUACUGGUGGAUGCUGCUCGCAAUAUGGUUGGUGCGGAAAUAGUGCAGACCACUGUGGUACAGGGUGUAUUUCUGGAUGUACUUCAAUCCCACCUCCUACAAGCUCUGGCGUAGCUCCUCGUGCUGAUGGCCAAUGUGGUGCUAAAUUCGGGGGUGCAACCUGCGAUCCAAAGGGUCCCUAUGGAGGUUGCUGCUCGCAGUACGGAUUCUGCGGAACUACCGAUGGACACUGCCUUGUCGCAAAUGGCUGCCAGAGCGGCUGUAAAGACGGAAAUCCAACAGCACCAGCUACCACAUCUGGCGAGCCAGUGAUUGGCCCAGUCAAAACUUCCAUGGCACCUGGAGCAACAGCAACUGCUCGUGUCACAACCGAUGGAACUUGUGGAACUUCAAAUGGCGACACUGUCUGCGGCAACUGGCCAAACGGAAACUGCUGUUCCAUGUAUGGAUUCUGCGGGAAGACAAGCGCCCAUUGCGGAGCCGGAUGCCAGUCUGAUAACUGCUUGAAUGCUCCUGCUGUUGCUGCGCCAGGUCCCAGUCCUGCUCCAGCAGCUCCCAACGGAGGAACGUUCCGUGUUGUUGGCAGAUCUGGUGUCCCUGCUAUGCAUGCUGGUCUCAUGCCUAAUGGUCGUGUCUUCUUUCUCGACAAGUUGGAGAAUUACACGGAAUUGCGAACCGCGAAUGGGUACUAUGCCAUGUCUUCCGAGUACGAUCCAAACACAAACACAGCAGUGCCACUCGGAUAUGCUACGAACGCUUUCUGCUCAGGAGGGACUUUUCUUGCUGACGGCCGUGUCAUUUCGGUUGGAGGCAACGGGCCAUUGACCUGGCUGGAUCCCAAUAUCGGCGACGGCUUCAAUGCGAUUCGCUACCUGGGAAGAUCAUCCACAGACGCAGGUCUGAAUGGAAAGAGCUGGAGCGAGCCUGGUAAUAAGCUUGCAAGUGCGCGCUGGUAUGCAACUGCACAAACCAUGCCAGAUGGAACAAUCUUUGUCGCCUCCGGAAGCUUGAACGGCCUGGAUCCUACCGUUCUUAGUAACAAUAACCCGACCUACGAGAUUCUCAGUCCCGGCGCUGUCACUCGAGGAGCGAACAUCCCAAUGGAAAUCUUGAAGAAGAAUCAGCCAUACUACAUGUAUCCAUUCAUUCAUCUCCUCAACGACGGUACGUUGUUUGUAUUCGUUUCGAAGGCUUCCCAGAUUUUCAGUGUCGGAUCCAACACAGUAGUCAAGGAGCUGCCAGACCUUCCUGGCGAUUACCGCACCUAUCCCAACACGGGUGGCAGUGUACUCCUUCCGCUGUCGAGCAAGAACAACUGGGCUCCCGAUAUUGUCAUUUGUGGUGGAGGAGCUUACCAAGACAUCACCAGCCCAACGGAUCCUAGCUGUGGUCGAAUUCAGCCUCUGAAUGCCAACGCCAAAUGGGAGAUGGAUUCAAUGCCUGAAGGACGCGGCAUGGUCGAGGGAACUCUCCUUCCGGAUGGGACGGUUGUUUGGCUCAAUGGAGGAAGUCGUGGAGCUCAAGGAUUUGGCCUUGCAGAUACACCUGCUUUGGAGGCUCUCUUGUACGAUCCAGCGAAGCCACUUGGUCAGCGCUUCAGCACCCUGGCUCGUUCUAACAUUCCUCGAUUGUACCAUUCCGUAGCCCUUCUACUUCUCGACGGCACCCUCAUGGUCGCUGGAUCGAAUCCAGUUGAGAUGCCGCAACUUCAACCAAAUACCGCCAAUCCCUAUGUCACAGAGUGGCGUGUUGAGAACUAUGUUCCCCCAUAUUUGCAGGGCGACAAGGCGAAUCAGAGACCUACUAAUAUUGUCAUCGAGAACAAGACAGUGCGUGCUGAUGGAAGCCAGAUGAUUAUUACCUUCAUUCCACCACAUGCUUCGGACAAUGUGAAGGUCGUUCUUUAUCACGGAGGAUUCGUCACUCAUUCCGUCCACAUGGGCCAUCGUAUGCUGAAUCUUGAUAUCACCAAGUCUGCACGAGGAGGACCAGCUCAGACACUGUACGUCAAUGGCCCACCAAACCACAACGUGGCUCCACCUGGACCAUAUGUGGUUUAUGUUUUGGUAGACGGAGUGCCAGGUGUUGGCCAGUUCGUCCAAGUUGUUUAG